AACGGGAGUGAAGACCCACACUACACCUGCAAACAAAGGAACCCUAAAAGAAUCAAAGAACACACACAGUCAUCAUCAUCAUCAACAUCCCAGCAGCAAUAAUGGCCUUGGCUAUAUCCAACGCCUUCCAAUUUCCUAAUUCUCGUUUCUGUGCCAAGAACAGUUGCGUCCUUCAUACCUCGCUCUCCAGUAUUCGUCCAUCAUUCGUCAGAUUUCCUACAUCUCGCUUCAGUCAAAGGGUAGUUUGUGCUGCUUCAUCGGCUGCUGGAAGUUCUAGUUCAGACAAUGAGUUUAAUCCGUACGAGGUCCUUGGCGUGAAUCCCAUUGAGGGAUUUGAUAUGGUGAAGGCGGCUUAUACAAGAAAGCGCAAGGAUGCUGAGAGAAGAGGGGAUGAGGCGAAGGCGGCUCUUUUGGAAAAGGCAUAUGACAAACUCAUGAUGGCGCAAUUAACAAAUCGAAAGAAAGGAGUCACGUUUGGUUCAUUUAAGGUUUCAAAGGAUAUUAAAUAUGCUGAUAAGCAACCAAUCAUUCCAUGGGGCCCAAGGUUCUCCAAGUCUGAUGUGAAAGACACGCGGAUUAAUAUGGCAAUAUCAGCUGCAUUCAUUGCUUGGAUUCUAGUUGCGCGCAAUGCUGAUUGGAAACCUGUGCAGUUUUUAUCCUUUGUAUUCGUAUAUAGAGUCUUCGAAAAGUUAAAGACAUUUGAAGCACCUGCACCCAUGGCAUUUACAGAAGAAGGCGAGGACGAAGGACGCAUGAUGCGGAUGGGGAAACGGUUGCUACGCUCCCUUGCACUGGUUUUUGGAUGCAUAGCUGUUGCAUCUUUGGGAUAUACUGGUUUGGUGAAUUUGAUCGAAUUCAUUGGAGGUUAUGUCCCUGUCGCCUUAUAUAACAACCAGGAAAUCAUCGUCACUGCUGCAACUUCUUUAAGUCUCUACUUCAUGGCAACGUAUUACAGAUGAGUAAAAAUUUCCGGUUUGAGGUACAAAAGCAAAUUUUAUCAGGAAUCUCCAUGCGCUCGACACCAUCAAAUUUUGGUAGUAGCCUUAAAUCGUAAAUGUAUGGUUUUAACUGUACUCGAGUUAAAACAUGAUCCAAAGUUUAGGACUUGUUUUUAGACACGAUUGGUACAAUACAUAAAUAUACGAGGGUAAUACUCGAGUUCAGCUCAUUUGACCUAAGAUUUUACUUCUCAAUGUUGUGAAAUGAAUUUGUUCCGAAUCUUGGCAAAUGAUGUAAAAAUCUGAAGUUUUUUAAAA